AUGACUCAAAAGAUUAUGGUACCACAGCGGACUUCGGAGAAUAUCCGUUACGUGAAGUCACGAAGCAGUCUGGAGAAGCACUACGAAAUCCGCGAUUUGAUCGGUCGAGGCAAUUUCUCACAUGUAUUCUACGCCGUUCGCCACAAGGACGGAAAGAAAUGCGCAUUAAAGGAAAUCGAUAGGCAACAACUUCGAGGGAAGUGGUUCUUCAUUGAGAACGAGGUCGAGAUUCUGCUUAUGUGCUCACAUCCGAAUAUAUGUCGCCUUGUGGAUGCUUUCAAGACGAAUGUUCGAUAUCUGCUCGUAUUCGAGUAUGCACAGGUGACCACCACCAUCUUUGUUAUCAGAAUCAUCACUGCUUCCGCACUCGCAUAUCUUCACGGUAGAAAAAUCGUUCAUCGAGAUGUAAAACCCGAAAAUCUUCUACUCUUUAACAAAAAGCAGGCACGUCUUUGCGAUUUCGGAUUGGCUUGCACAGUUCUCGGACCACUUUAUCGGGUGUGUGGAACGCCAACAUAUUGCGCUCCAGAGAUCCUCAACGAGUCAGGAUACGGUUUUGCUGUUGAUGUAUGGUCACUUGGUGUUUUGCUCCAUGUUAUGUUGGUUGGAUUCGCACCCUUCCGAUCAACCGAUCGCAUUCGCCUAUUCCGCAUGAUAGCGAGAGGAAAAUUCCAUUUUGAAUUACCAAAAUGGAAAGGUAUAACAUCAAGUAAGCUCAAACAUUCUCAUCGAACCGUUCGCUACGCAGAGCUACCACAUCUUCUACUCCGUUUGUCGAUUUUUAAAAGACCGCUCACAGUAUCAUGUGAUUAG